AACGAACUUCAACUUUGGUGGAUUGUUUUCGUUAAACCGUCAAAUUACGUUUUAAUAAAGUCAUUCAACUUUCUAAACAAAUAAUGUCUGGAGAACAGUUUUCAUUAGUUUGGAAUAGUUUUCCAAGGAAUUUGUCUUCUGGAUUAUAUACACUAUUAACUGAUGAACAACUAGUUGAUGUAACGUUAGCUGCAGAGGGUCAAAUAUUACGUGCACACAAGUUAAUAUUAUCAGUGUGUAGCACAUAUUUCAGAGAACUAUUUAAGGGAAAUUCUUGCAAACAUCCAAUUGUGAUUUUAAAAGAUGUCAAUUAUCGUGAUUUGUCAGCAAUGCUUCAUUUUAUGUAUCAAGGAGAAGUUAAUAUUAAGCAGGAAGAUAUUGCUAGUUUCUUAAAAGUAGCAGAAACUUUGCAAAUAAAAGGUUUAACCACAGAAACUGAAGAGAAACUUGAAGAGACUUUGACAAAGAAUGUACAAAACUUGAAUCAAAUAUUUAAUACAGAAAAAAGCAGUAUUAAUUGUGGUACAUCAGAUAAAAGUGUUUCCACUUUUGAAAAACAAAGGCAAUCUGUACAGAAGGAUCAACAAUGCCAAAAGCAAGAUGUCUUGACUAAAGAUGAAUCACAUAACAGUGAAUUUGUAGAGAAGAAUACAAAUGAUAAUGAUAUAUGUCAGCAAGAUUCUCCUUCUGAUCCAGCAUAUGAUAUGCCAGAUAUGCAUAUGGUACAAAACAAUAGUUCUACUGACAUAGAGGCACAAUGCAAUGAAGAGGAGCCACUAGAUUGUACAGCUGAUAUAGGUCAUGCAGAAUCAGCAAAGCAUGAACCCUUGGAUUAUACCCUUGACAUUGAUACAGAAGCAGGAUACAAAACAUAUUUGCCUAACGAGUCACUCUAUAAACCUGAAGAAAAUAUGCCAAUAAAAGAUUUUGUACCAGAUAUGCAAUUAGUUCCCUAUAAUCAGAAUAUCCAAACUCAACCAUUUGGUUUAAGUAACAUGACUGGUUUUGAAAGUGAGUUUGCGUACGAAACUGGUUGUCAUAGUAAAGGUCGACGAACUGUUAAAGGUAUUUCCAACAAUAGUCUACCGUUGGAAACAACGCUGCGCGUUGUAUCUGAACUGGGACCAACUUUACGUAUGGAAAGAGGCAAGGUUAUUCGAAUGUAUUCAUGUCCAUGGUGUCUUCGUCAUUUCACGCGUAAGGAGAAUCUCAAAUUACACGUUCGAUAUAUUCACGGCCCGCUUGAAAGUUUAACGUGUAAACUUUGUGGUAAUAAAUAUAAGAACAGCAAUAGUCUACGUGUACAUUCGUAUCUCUAUCAUAAUGCUAAACGGGACAAACAUAAUAAGCCACUAGUGGAUGGUGGCGCAUGAAAUUAAAGAAGACAACUUAAUUAACAUUAAAUUUCGUAAUGUACAUUUUCUUAUGUCAUAUUAGAAGCAUAGUAACGCAUAAAAUUAAUGCAUAACAUGUGUGAUAUUGUUGGCACAAUUUUAUUUAUGACCUGCACGGGUCUGACAUUUUAUCAAA